AUGUCCUCCUCUCGGGCGGGUUUUGGGUUUCCCUUGGCGCCCGCCCCCUCUUUCCCCCCGGUCAAGUACCACACUACAGUUAUACACUAUACCACCCCUGACAACGAAAUGAAUCGAGAACUCCCCGCUGUCCUGGUUGCAUCCAAAUCGGGCUCCCGCGCGGACAAGGUUCCGCAGGCCUUUUCACUGGGUGACUGGCGCAAUCUGAUUUCAAGACCUUUUCGGUUACUUACUAGUAGUAACCAAGUACAACUACUUACUAGGCGUAAGCGGCUCGGUGUAGUACCUGUGUAUCACCUGUGGGUGAUUGCAUACUCCGCGACUAAGUGA